UACGGCGUACUUUUAUAUUUCAAAAUCGAAAUAAAUAAUUUAUAGAACCCUUUUACGGCGCACCAUUUUGUCUUUUACAGCGUGCUUCUGAGAUCAAUCACGGCGUGCUUCUGAGAUCAGUUACAGCGCACUUUUUUGGUCAGUUACGGCGCGCUUUUAUAUUUCAAAAUCGAAAUUCAAAAUCUCUAAAACUCUUUUACGGCGCUCUUAUAUGUCUUUCACGGCGUGUAGGCGGGAUCUUUUACGGCGUUCUCUAAACAGGCCGUAAAAGAGUUUUGUCUUUUACGGCAUGCCCAUUUACAGCGCAUUUUUGUGUGCCGUAAUUUGUCUUUUACGGCGUUCAAUGUGGGCCGUAAAAGACCAUUUUUCUGGUAGUGCAUCUUUUCACAUUUGCAGGUCUUUUCCAUGGAGCUCCGCCAACUCGAGGAGCUGGAUGCCCAGCGUCAGGUGAAUGAAGUCCGAGAAGAGACUAUCAGUUUCACCCAACAAGGAGCUUGGAGGCCCAGCAUCAGGUGAAGGAAGUCCGAGAAGAGACUAUCAGUUUCACCCAACAAGGAGCUUGGAGGCCCAACAUCAGGUGAAGGAAGUCCGAGACGAGACUAUCAUUUAUAAGAGGUGGACGACCAAGGCCACAAUCAUAUCGAUCUAAUCGAAGGAAAAGAUAGGCCCACUUGAAUAAAACAACCCCACCACUUUACACUUGGAUUUCAACAGAUCUUCCGUUGACUCGUUGAUGCCGAAAUUGGCACCAACACACAGCAAAGUCGAUAAGUUCUUCUGCAGUAUCCGAAGCGUUAAAGUUCUUGUUAUAAAACAACACACUGCUCAGAAGCUGAUGGAGGAAGGCUUCAUGCAUUUUCUGGAAUCAUUCUAUAAUGUUCGGAAUUUGGGUGUUCGUAUUAGCUCAGAUUUGGAUGACAAGAUGAUUCCAUCAAUAGUCUCUCUUCUCAGAGCAGUGCCUAAUUUCACUUUGGAUAUAAGAUCGCCUCGCGAUAAAGUCUUUUUUUCCGGUGGACCUGUUGAAUCAUCAUUCGAUAGUGGUCAUUGGCAACUGCAAGAACUCGACUUCAUCAAUCGAAUUAAGGAGGUAACAAUAGAGAUUACUGAUGGGUCUAAUGGAAUUGAGUUUGCAAAGUAUAUAUGUGCUGGAGAAUUCUCCUAGUUUGAAGAAAAUGUUCAUCAUAUGUGCACCCACUCAAAAAUCAAGCUUGAUGGAAGGGUUUAGGAGAAGUAGGGUUAUAAACCCUAUCAUGAUUGUCUUUCUGGCUCAAGACAACAAGAAUAAAGUAAUAAUUACUUAAUUAGUGCUCAUUAGGGGCACAUGUAUUUGCUUCAUAGUUCAUAUAUAAAUAGUAC